AUGGACUCCCCCGCCAGUUCAAACCAAGGCCGCGAGGGCGGACCGCGCAAGUUCGCCUACAACCGCGAGGGCGCCAGGGAACGCGAAAUGCACCUCUAUCUCCCUUACUGGGGCUUCACCGACACCGAAAAAUUCGCCCAGCAAUCCAUCGGAGACUACCCGAACGCCUCGCGCGACAAUGUCCUCACUGUCUUCGCUCAACUGGCCGCCCUGCGCAUGAACGCGCAGCGCGCCCUGAUCUCCCUCUUCGAUCAGAAAAUGCAGCACGUCGUCGCAGAGUCCACGCCGUCGCUAGCUCUGCGCGGUUCCGAGGGCCGCGAGCGCUCCGAGGCGCUGUGGUUGGGCGUGCGCCGAUUCCCUCGCAAGAAGAUUGCCAUGUGCUACCACGCGAUGAAAUCCUUUAUCGAGGAUGGUCGGGAUAUCUUUGUCGUGAAUGAUCUGACUAGGGACUCGCGGUUCCAGCAUCAUGACUCAGUGACGGGGCCACCCCACAACAAAUUCUAUGUCUCCGUGCCCAUCCAGUCGCCCGAUGACUACAUCAUUGGCAGCGUCGCCGUGCUGGACGAUAAGCCGCGGGGUGGCAUCACAAAGGAACAAGAGACCUUCCUGAAGGAGCUCUCGGCCACCGUGAUGGACCAUUUGCUCUCGCAGCGCGCCAUGCGCGAGGAAUACCGCGAGGAGAAGAUGGUGCGCGCCCUGGGGCUGUUUGUCAAGGGUAAAUCCGACCUGAAUGAUUGGUUCUACAGCCGGGACGCCCCCGACCUGCGCUACGGCGGCAAGAUCACCGAGGUCAACAAGCGACUGGAGCAGCUGCGCUUCUCGGCAUCUAGCGGCGAGGACGAACACGAAGAAAAUGCAGAGGAAUCGGAGAAUUCCCAAUCCGCACCGAACCCAGCCAGUGUUCCAGACGAUAAAUACAUUUCCCCGGUUCAGCGGUAUGGGCAAGAUGGAGAGGAUGCUGACAAUGAAGAGCACGAGCACGAGCAAGAUCGUGAAGAUGAGGAUCACGUGGAGAAGCAUCCCGGAGACGAGAAGCAACAGAGGAAACAGCGCCCGAAGCUGUCUCCCACCACCAGCCAGCUGCAGGAGUCACUGGCCCCUUAUAACGUGCGAUCCGUGGUCGGUCGCGCCGCCACGAUGAUCUACCAGGCCCUCGACGUCGAAGGCGCCAUGUUCAUUGACGCCAGUGUCUACGCCCGGCGGCAGACCGUUGGCUCCCCCAAUCACGCCAGCGAAAAGCCGGAAGAAUACAAUCUCCAGCAUCAGGCAGACCGCGGCGCCGGCGAGGACGAGGUGCCAUCAGCGACCCAUCCACAAUCGCCCUCAGGGUCCGACGCGUCCGAGGAGGAUGCCGAUCACGGUGCCCGCAGCCUGGUGCUGGGUCAUUAUACUUCUUCGACAUCCGACAAGGGUGUGAACAUCAACGACAGCCACUACGUCUCAUUGUCCGGCAACUUCGUCAGCCACCUGAUCGAUCAGUAUCCGCGCGGCAAGAUCUUCCACAUCGAGGAGGAUGGUUCCAUCUCGCUCAGCUACGAAGGUAUCGCCGAUGACAUGGACUACUCGCAGAGCGGCAGCCGCGGUGCGCAGACGACCGACGCGGAGCACAAGGAUGUCGAGCAGGAGACCAUGGAUAUCAAACAGCUGAUGAAGAUCUUGCCCGACGCCCGCUGCAUCUCCGUCUACCCCGUCUGGGACUUUCAGCGCGGCCGCUGGUUUACCGUCUGCGUGGUUUGGACCAACGACCCGGGCCGCGUGUUGUCCGAGCCCAAGGACCUGACCUAUCUGGCGGCGUUCAGCAACACCGUCAUGGCGGAGGUGUCACGACUAGAUCUGGAGGCCGCGGACCGCGCCAAGAGCGACUUCAUUUCGUCGAUUUCGCACGAACUGCGGUCACCGCUGCACGGCCUGCUGGGGACCGUGGAACUGUUGCAGGAGAUGGCCAACACCUAUGCGCAGCGGUCGUUGAUCGAGACGGUGUACAGCUGCGGCCGCACCCUUCUCGACACCCUGAACCAUCUGCUGGACUACGCCAAGAUCAACACCCUGACGCGUCCCCGUCCGUCCGACAAGGGCGGUGCGCUGAUCACCGACGUGUCAAAGCCACAACCAGCCGUACCGGGCUCCAUGCAAGAUGAAGACCUGAGCGUGCUCGUGCAAGAGGUGGUCGAAGGCCUCCUGGCUGGGGCCGAAUAUCAGCGCCGCGGCACGGAUGCGGGCAACGAAGGGUCUAAGCACGGAGAAAACCCCCGGACACGCUUGAUUACCAUUGUUGACAUCGAGUGGCAAGAGAGCUGGCGGUUUAGCGUGUACGCGGGCGCCUGGCGACGGGUUGUCAUGAACCUCUUUGGGAACGCGCUCAAGUACACACAGACGGGCUACAUCCGACUGCUGAUGCGUAGCGACACGCUGAAGGUCAAGGGGAAACAGAUCGUCCCGGCCAUCCGCAUGACCUUCAGCGACUCCGGCCGUGGCAUGUCGAAAGACUUCUUGACCAACCAUCUGUACAGUGCGUUCCUUCAGGAGGACACCACGUCUCCCGGUCUGGGUGUGGGGUUGCAUCUGGUGCAUCAAAUUGUUAAAUCCUUAGACGGGCAGAUCAAGUUCUCCAGCGAGGUAGGCAAGGGCACCGAUGUCGAUGUGAUCCUUCCAAUUACUACCGCUGAGCACGCAUCUCCACCAUCGCCCCUGGCGCAGGGGGUGCUGAAAGAGAAAUUGCGGGGCAAGACGGUGUCGCUGUUCACGAAGAGCUCGCGAAUGGGCGACCUCGGAUUCGACACACAGGUGUUUGGCAACAUCCUGUCGAGCCUGGGACAUAUGAUCAGUGGCUGGUUUGGGUUGCGCGUGUUGACAGAUGAAGAAUUGGACACGGAGCGGCCAGAUCUUGCCAUUGUGACAGAGCACGAGUAUCGCAGUUAUUACCGCCCCGGAUCGAGCGAGCCGAAGCCCGGGACUGGAGAGAUCCAACCGACACUUCCAUUGAUCGUGUUGAGCGCGCGGACAAGCAGUUGGAAGAUGCUAGGGGAGAGUGUGGAUGAUUCGGUUAUUUUCUUAACACAGCCGGUGAGCCCAAAAACACUGGCCACGGCGUUUGAGCAUUGUCUGGGCCAGGAACCCCGUUCCGGUGAUGCCACGCCGAUGAAGCUGCCGUCGCCUGUGCCAGAAGCAAACAAUCGAGAAAGUGACCAGGAUGGGGUCCAAUCACAGCCGCCUCGCCGGGAUAGCCCUGCCACAGGCAACGCAAACAAGGAGAAGGGUGCACGCAAUAUCCUCUUAGUGGAGGACAACCAAGUCAACCUGAAGAUUAUUGAAAUGUGCGUCAAAACCGGGGGUUUCACCUAUCGCACAGCCAAGAACGGACUCGAGGCCGUGGAGAGAUUCAAGGCAGACCGGUACGACGCGGUGGUGAUGGAUAUCUCGAUGCCGGUCAUGGACGGGCUGACAGCCACCCGGGAGAUGCGGCAGUUGGAGCGCAAGUUGAAGCGACCCCCGGCCACGAUCAUCAUUCUGACUGCUGUGCUGUCGUCGUCGAUGCAGCAAGAGGCGAUGAUGAGCGGAGUGAACUUAUUUUUGACGAAGCCGACGCCGUUGAAGCAACUCAAGGGGAUUCUGAGGAACCUGGCGGAUGGGAAGGAUCUUUCCGCGAAGGCCUGA